CGCCACCAGGGGACAGCACUUGCUUCCCCGCCUGCCAGUGGUGCCACGAUGGCCGGCGGCUCAGUGUAUUUCUCCGCUACAACGACACACAACUUAUUUCACGCCGAUGCGAGCAGCUGACGCAGCAUCUGAGACUGGUAUGCAAAACAGGAGAAGAACAUAGAACACAGAACAUAAAAGUGAAACCAAGAAAAAAGCUGAAGCCGUUGCAAAGGUUUAUAGGGGAAGGAGGUCUUGGUCUUGAUUCGGGAGGACGUAAACAAGAGGCGCCAUGGAGGUCUCCGCGGCGGUCCCCCUCCGGAAAAGACGCCUAUUUUGAGGUCCCUGUGAACCCUGCAGCCGCCUCCAUGUCUUGGGCAGGAGUGUCGACCUCUGGGUUCACGUAGGCCACGCCGUGCCAGCUGUGCCAGGUUUCCCAAGUACCCAUUUAUUGACUUGCUUGAAAAGGGGAUGAACAGUUGGGUGAGCUGCAUUCCGACUGCCUGGGUCGGGAUUCGAUACUGGACCCACAGAUUUGUAGCUAGGCAUGCUAACCACUGCAUCAUGGAGGCAUAAAAGCAGGGGUCUACUGUAUGUACUGGAUUGCUCACAAUGAGUGUGGCCAGUGACUUGAAAAGCAUGGAGUUGCCAGAUGAUGUAGAGUCUCCACCUGGCCGGACCCCCGACAGCCUGGCAAAGCAGGCGGCACGCAGUCUGGCCAACCAGUUGAUACAGACCACCCUGCCAGCCAUCACUAAGUACUGGGAAGGCAACAUCAAGCCCAAAGAAAAUGUUAAAUCAGUUAGAAAAAAGUUCCCUAAUAAGAGAACCCUAAUUAAGCACCUACAGAGUGUUCAUCAGUGGUACCGCAAUGACGAGAGUCUAGCAAGCCACGGAUCGUACCUGCGACAGCUGGUUAGUGUGGCGUGUGCAGAGGCCCUGCCACUCCUGAUUGCUAAGGAGGAAUGUGAGCUGCUCUUCAUGCUCACGCUGCAGCUAAUGUUCUGUCAGGAGGCCGGGUUCUUCAGCCAGAGCAGAGAGCUGUAUGAUGCAAGAAUAAGUCGAAGUUAUGCAGAGUUCCUACAGUUCUUUGUACCUUUUGAGAUAGAAUCACUCUACACGACAUGCAUCAACUUCCAAAACCAGAUGCCUGUUGUCAUUCUCAUGAAAAACUCUCCAUACCUGAGGGAUGUCCACCUGUACAAGAAUUUGAGCGAUCACGUCCUCACACAACUGCGCAAACACUGUCCCGACAUAGAGUCCAUCACGUUGGGUGGACACAACGUUGUGAAUGAGGAGUACCUUUUCCGCACCUUCUUCAACGGCAUGUACAAGGAACAGGUGGUGAAGAUGAUUGAUGACAAAGAUAAGAUGAAGGUUACGUUUCCUAAGCUGAAGAGUGUCACCAUGCUCAUGGAUCUGGACUGUGAUGAUGUCAUGUUUUAUAUCCAACAUUACUAUAAAGACAUCAAGACAAGCUGGACCAAGUGCAUUGCUGAGAACAGGCUUUCUCCGCUCCUGCUCAAGUCCCUCAUUGGCCCACCCUACUGCCUCAAGGGUAAAGGGGAAUAUUAUCUUGACAUCCUUGAGCUCACCAUCCGCAAGAACACGCUAGAGUCCUGGACUGUGCAGGGGCCACCCAUAGUCUUCCCUGAGGUGAAGCAUGUUUCUAUUUACCACGCCUUCCAUGACAUGGAACCACGGGAACUUGGUGCCAAGAUCAAGGACAUUGUGGAGCGUCUGCGCUGUACUAGUUUCUCCCACUCCUCACCCCCAGCAGAGGACCUAGACACCCUAACUGUGUGUGUUCCAACUCUGGAGACUUUUGGGGCCCCUUUCAGUGAGAUGCACUUGAGUACUUUUGAAGUGCUUGAUGCAAAGAUACUCUUUCGGUGCCUCAACCUGUGCCCCAACCUCAAGGUAUUCUCGGUGAAUGCCUCACGUAUUGAGAUGAACAAUGGUGUCUCCUACAAAGCUCUCAACACACUUACCAAACUAAAUGCACUGGGCAUGAGUGUCAAGUUUCUGGACCAGUGCGAUGUCUCCUGCCUCACUCACCUGAUCCGUGCGGCGCCAAACCUCAGGAUCAUAGAGCUCUUUGGGGCCAACUUGCAGACUGUUGUGCGUGACCUGGCUGUUGCUGGUGUCCUCUCCAAAAUCAAAAUAAUCUCUCUCCACAAGAGCAUAUCAUGGUUUACCGACCAAGACUUUGAUGACUGUGUAUUCAUGGGUAGGAACAUGGCCUCCUUGUCAGUCAUGAUGUUAAACCCGGUACUUAAACAAACGCUGUAUCAGAUCAAGAAAUACUUUGCUAGCACACAGCUCAAGGUGAUCCACAGGUAUCAAAUGCUCAUUAGCUAGGAGUGAAUGCAUUAUGACUGAUGUGUGUGUAAAUGCAGCCGAAUCAUAAAAUUAUUAAACUACCAUAUUUGCUGGCAUCAAAGACGCACCGGCACCAAAGGUGCACUGGCAUCUGGGGCACAGUGGCGCCAAAGGUGCACUGGCAUCCAAGAUGCACCCCAUUUUCAAGUGCUAAGUUAAAAAAAAAAAAAAUCAUGAACUUCAGCAAUUUUAUUAAUGUUUUGUUGGAUGUUGCCUGACUUGUACAUAUCUACCAUAUACUACUGGACCAGCGUCAUAUUGUUCUAUAUAUACCAUACAAUAUGCAAGGUGACCUGCUCACUCUUGAGGAUUGUUUACCACUACUGGCACACAAACAAUGAACAAGACCAAGACAUGUAGAGGGAGUGUGUGGCUAAACUUCAUACUACCUUGGUAUAUAUUGUCUGCAUCACCAGCUUUACUACAAUUUCUUUAAUUACCACACAAACAUGAGAAACCAAAACCAAGACAAAAACAGUAACAAUGGCUGCUAUGAGUGUAUCGUCUUUGUCACUCACAGCACACUGCCAGGGUGAGCAGGGUCUGCCAGAUCGUCACAGCCCUUAAACAUUAUCAUCAUGUGUGUUCACUUUUUAUAGGCCUACGUUAGGCCUGCAGGUGAUGCAACCUUCUGCGUCCAAGACGCGUGAUAAUUUUUCUAGUCUUAUUCUGCGAUAAAAGUGCGUCUUCAUCACUGGCAAAUAUGGUAAUUAAUGUUGAUAUUCAAGAUGAAUGACAGGAAACUAUAAAAUUAAGGGUACUGUGAAUGCUUUAUGUACACACACACACACACACACACAUCAAAAGAGUUCCCGAGACAUACAUUGUUGGAAUCCCCUGCUAAGUGUAUUAUUGCAGUUGGUCAAGCUCAGGUCUGUUGUCAAAUGAGCGAGUGAUAUGAAAACUUAUUGUGUUUUGAGCAGGAAAAAUAGUGAAACAAGUUGUAAACAAGCAACUUACGUAGGUUUAAACUUUUUAUUGAGGUGAAAAUGCACUUGCCUGCAGAGGUGUCCUUUUCUUUGGAAAGUUUGGUGCUAACUGAUUGAAUAUAUGAUGUCUGAGUCGCUUCAUUGUAUUUGAAAUAACUACCUGGUAAUGUGAAUCAAAACUUAUUUACUAACAAGUUUCUCCCUUUGAUAUAUUUAAAAUGAUAAAAAGAUGUUGAUAA